UGACAACAAUGGCUGAAGGCCCAAAUCCCAAAGAAAACCCAAGGUGUUCCAUAAGAACAAGAAGAGUUACAGAAUCAUACUGCAAUGUCAGAGAUUUCCUGGAAGAGUGCAAUGAUUACCAACUGCUACAGCUGACAAAAUUCUACCAGGACAGACUCGAGCAGGCAGUGGAAGGAGGGGUGGAUGGAAUCUGCUCCUUGUUGACGUAUGAGAAUCAUUUCAAUGGCCAAGAACAUAAGAAAAUCACGAUGCUUGUAGAGAAGGGGGACAGGACAGAAGCGUCGAAAAUUCUUCUGAAGAUGGUGAUGGGGAAAGGAUCUGGAGCCCAAAGGGUGAUGUGGAAAUCCUUCAUGAAAAUGCACCAAGGAGUACCAAAGCUGGACAAAAUACUAAAGGAAAUCGAAGAAAUUGAUUUUGAUGCAUUUGAAAAAUUAAACAUUGCACAAAGUCCUCCCGGAGUCCCGGAAGAAUUGAAAGACAUUCAACAGAAACACAAAGAAACGCUCUGGGAACAAACCGAAACACUGAGCGUGAACACUAUCCUAAUUAAGACAAAGUUUAAGAUUUUUCGAUUGGUUGAUCGAUACACUGAACUGACCAUCAUUUCCACUGUUCGAGAUUGGAAAGUGGUAGAACAUGAGCUGACGGCGAGAGGCGAAGACCACGAAAAAUGGAGAGAGAAACACCUCCGAGGAGAUCUGGAAAAAAUCCAAAUUGAGCAAUUGUUUCGAAGCAAUAUUUCCCAGUCUGGGACCCUGCUCCACAAAAUGGAACAUUCCUUUAGGCGGUCGAGUUCUGGGAUUUCAGUAUCGGUGAGCGGGGUCCCGGGGAUUGGGAAAACGACAAUGGUACAAAAGAUGGUCCAUGAUUGGGCCACUGGGAGAAUAUACCCACAGUUUAAAUUUGUUUUCAGUUUUAAAUUCCGGGAUUUGAACAAAAUUAACUGCAGAACAAACCUGAGGGAUCUGGUAUUGAAUCAGUAUCCAUACUUUGGGAAUGUUCUGGGAGAGGUCUGGAAGUAUCCACAGGGUUUGCUGUUCAUAUUUGAUGGUCUGGACGAAUUUACGGGCAGCAUCAGUUUUGAAGAUGAUCAGAGAAACGCAGGACCACAGCCCACAUGCACAGAUCCCCAGUCCCCCUGUGAAGUGUCUGACAUUGUGUACAGCUUAAUCCAGCACAAGCUGCUCCCAGGAUGUUCAGUGUUAGUGACCAGCCGUCCCACUGCAUUCCAUUUAUUGGAAAAGGCUGAGAUCAGCGUCUGGGCUGAAAUCCUGGGAUUUGUUGGUGCCGAACGGAAGGAAUAUUUCAACAGGUUUUUUGAGGAUCAGACGGUGGCAGCAGCUGUUUUCAAGCACGUGGAGGAGAACAACAUCCUGUACACCAUGUGCUACAACCCUUCGUACUGCUGGAUCCUUGGGCUGUCGCUGGGUCCGUUCUUCACACAAAAAGACAGGAGACAGCAGCAAGUUCCCAAGACCAUCACCCAGCUCUAUUCCUACUAUAUUUACAACAUUCUGAAAAAUCAUGGCCGAGAGAUUGAAGACCCACGCAACGUGUUUCUGAAGCUUGGUCAGAUGGCGUUCGCAGGAGUCUGUGAGAAAAAGAUUGUGUUUAGGAAUGGAGAUUUGAUCCAGUACAACCUGCGACCCUCCCAGUUCCUGUCUGGGUUCCUGAUGGAAGUUCUGGAAGGUGACGUUUCUGCCCAGAGCAUAGUCUACACAUUCCCGCACCUCACGAUCCAAGAGUUUGUAGCUGCGGUGGCGCAAUUCCUGACUCCGGAUCCUGGGGACAUUGGGAAACGCCUCAGUGAUGCCCACAGUGACGAUGAUGGGAGAUUUGAGAUAUUUCUCCGUUUUGUGAUUGGCCUCUCCUCUCCGCAGUCGUCUUGGCCCCUGGAGGAGUUUCUGGGUCCGUUUUCACAUCAAGCGACGUGCGAAACGAUCGACUGGGUGAAGGAGAAUUUUGCGGCCCACGUUGGAAACACAGAGAGUAAAAUCGGUAAAAGGAACCUCCUGAACGCAUUGCAUUACUUGUUCGAGUCUCAGAACUCUGCCCUGGCUCGUUCCAUGGUGUGUUCAGUAAAAACGCUUCGAUUCGGAGAUUCAAACCCAUACAAUGCCCUGCGAUUGACUCCCAUUGACUGCGCAGUUAUGCCUCCAGUUGUUGGAUGGUGUGAGACAAUAGAUCAUCUCAAUUUGCAAAACUGCCACAUGCAGCACGAAGGACUGCAGCAGCUGGUGCCCCUACUAUACAAGUGCCAGCAUUUGAGGUUAAGCAAUAAUGAACUAGGAGAUUCAGGAGUGAAAUUACUGGCUUCAGCUUUGAAGAAUUGCGACUGUAAAAUACAGAAACUGGAGUUGAAAUCUGUUGCUCUCACUGAAUCUUGUGCCGUGGAUCUUGCCUCUGCUCUUUGUCUGAACCGAUCACUGACACAGCUGAACAUGAGUAUUAACAAAGUGGGAGAUGUUGGAGUCAAACAUUUGUCUGUUGCCCUGAGGCACCCAGAGUGUAAAAUACAAGAUCUGCAGUUGACUGUGGCUGAUCUCACAGAUUCUUGUGCCUCGGACCUUUCUUCUGCUCUCAACGUAAACACGUCUCUGAAGGUCCUGAACCUGAGUUACAACAAACUGCGGGAUUCAGGAGUAAAAACUUUUUCUGCAUUUCUGACGAACCCAGAAUGUAAACUACAGGAUCUGCGCUUGGAUGAAAACUGUCUCACGGACGCUUGUGCUAAAGAUCUCACCUCUGCACUCAGUACAAACCAGUCCCUGAUUGCUCUGUCCCUAGAAUCGAACUUCUUCACAGACCAAUCUGUCCCUGCUUUCCGCCAUCUCAUACUGACCUGCAGGAGUCUGGUGCAUGUCAGGCUCUGGGGAAAUCAGUUCAGCGCAUGGGGACGGAAGGACCUGAAAUCGCUGGUGGAGUCCAGACCUGGAUUGAUGCUGGGAAUAGAUACGUUCAUUUCAUAAACGCUAGAAAAUUAAUCGUAUGGCUGUCGUGGCCAAAGUUCAGCUCUGCAUGUUCACGCUCCACUUUCGUAUGCCAUCAGCGUCCAUCCCAACUCCGUCUAAGUGAGUGUUAUCUUCCCAGUCUGACCUCAGAUGGUCAAUAUCAAGGCCAUGCCACUCUGCUCCUUCAUUCCAGGGAGACCCUCUGGAGCAACGUAUGAACGGGGAACAAGAAUAGGCCAUUCGGCCCUUUGAGCCCGUUCUGCUAUUCAAUAAGGCCAUGACUGGCCUGAUUUUAACCUCAACUCUCCAUUACUGCCUAUCCCCUGAUAAUCUUUCGUUUGUUGAGCCCGUCACCAUUUUGCUUUUACUUUUCUCAUUCUUGCUUUCAAACUGUGAGUCAAAGCUGAGAAUUGAACCUUCAGCUUUGAACAGCAGCGUUUUUCAAUAACAAAAAAUGGCGAGAGCAAAAGACAAACAUUUCCCCUUUGGGAACUGGCCUGGAAAGAUAAUGCAGGUUACUUACGGAUCUAAGCACGCUGUAGACAAUUUGGCUCUGAGAUGUUGCUAUGCUGAGGGAAAAUGUUUGGGUUUUGAAUCAAUCAAUCACAGGUCAAAAAAAGAGUGAACUGAUUUAGACUGCAGGAGGUAGUUUCUGUUUUGGAAGCUCUGGACUGGGUUAUCUCUAGUUAUACUCCAGUUAUCAACUUGUUCAAAACUUUGAGGGAAGGAUUGGCCAGAAAAUCGGUCUGUGAGAAACCUGAAAAAGUCUCCAGAGAUCUGCAGAAGCUGUUUGCACUGAUCGGUGACGUUGGAAUUCAAGAAAGUUUUGCAGUCCUACAUGCAUGGUAUACAACCCAUCGUCCAAGUAUGUCAUAAAGACCCGAAAUGGUUAUCGAAACUGGCAAAUUACGAUUCUUUAAUUUUCCUUUUUCAAUUUGUCCUGGAAAUGUGUCUGUUUGUCCGUCAGUGUGUGUGUGAGUGGGGGUUUAGGAUCAAAGAGGCUGGAUUUACAUUGUAGAUAUUAAUUAGAUUGCCUUUUUGUUUAUCUGUGUUCUGCUACAGUUAAAUUAUUCACACUAAA